UUGCAUGAUAUCCGAGUCCUCACUUAUUGACUAGGAAUUAAAUGUAAGGCAUGCAGAUGUGCACUAAUGCAAGUGCGGUGUUCCAUCAAUUUUUCCCGAAAUUAUUUAUAAUUCUGACUUAACUGAGCAAAAUCAGAUAACGAUAUGUCUAAGGCUAAGGGAGUUGCGCAGCGAUUGUAUUACGCAAAAAAGCCAUCUCGAUGGAGCAAGGGAAUUGGCGCUGUGUUGCCGCAAGAGUACAAAAAGUUUUGGGCAGAAUGGCAUUGGCAGAAGCCAGCUCCGGUUCAUUAUAUCGAGAAAAAAGGCACCUACGAGUGGCAUAAGAAAGCCAGAGAAGUACGUCCAGUGCAGAACGUACCGUUGCCUUUGAUCUAUCCCAAGGAGAUGCACGAGGGCAUAUGGGGCGGAGAGGCGGUUGUACAGGGCUUCAUAAAAAAGGGCGUAUUCAAAAGAAGAUCUCCGCGUUUUUGGAUGCCCACCUUGAAGAAGGAUAUUCUCUACAGCGAGGUUCUUGAUACGUACAUGAGAACCGUAGUUACACGGAGAACGAUGGAUUUAAUCCACGAGAGUUAUGGAUUCGAUCAUUAUCUGUUGAAGACUCCAGCCUGCGAUUUGAAAUCUCUACUUGCACUGAAACUGAAACGUCAGAUAUUGAUUGCACUAGCGGACAAAACUUUGUAUCCUGACGAUUCGCAGAAGCGUGCGGAGGUGUACGCCAAAUAUGAGCAAUACCUAUCGGCUUACACGAGAGAGGAAAUUGAAUGGUACGGUUUGUCGUAUGAGGAAGCCUGUAAGAAAUAUAAAAGACUGGAUGAAGCUAAAAACAUACCGAAACCCUUAAAAAUUAAAUUCAGAUCGAAUUUACUAGCCGCAAUGAAAGAGGCGAAAAUCAAAGAAGCUGAAAACGUGGAGGUCGUAACACCAGAAGAGAGUUCUAGUUGGUUAAGCAAAUUAAAUCCUUUCUCCAAAGAAAAAACUCCAAAGGACAAAUAGGUAAAUUUUUCAUGUAAAAAAUUUAGCUGUUGAACUUUAAUUUCUUGAAUACUGCAAACUUUUUUGGCGGCAAUGUUUUCUGACAAAUACACCAAUAUAACAAGAAAAAUAAAGUUAUUUUAUUGAAA